CUCCGAAGCGAAUUACGCGCUAACCGCGGCCUUUGGCAGCCUCAAAUCAUGGCUUCGUGGCUCACACGCAUGCUGCAAGAGACUGGGUUCGAAAGCGAGAGCCAGGACGGUACCAGUAUCGCACACACAGAGUUGCCGAAUGCCACUGCAGCGGUGGCAGAGCCCGCCAGACCCGUAGCGGUGGCUGAAUUCACGCCCGCACCAGUCCACGACCGCCGCCGCCGCCGACGAAGACGCGAUGAGCAGGGAACGAGACGCCGCGACGAGACGGGCCGGCGCCGCGACCGCGACCGCCGCCGCCAGGAAGAGGACGACGCCGCGCUCGCACGGCGCCUCGCGGCCGAGGACGCGCAAGCACCACUGCCUACUGAGGACGCGCAAACGGAGCCGGUCGUGGACGACGCCGACCGCGACACCGUCGCCUGCCGCGCCUGCGGUCAAAGGCUCGCGGCCUCGGUGGACGCGAUCGAGGCUCAUAGCCUCCACUGUGCGGCGGAGACGUCGGAGGCCUGGGCCCACGCGGCGAGUCGGUGCAGGGACGACCCGGAAGGCUUGGUCGGUGCUGCGGUCGAGGUGCGCGGUCGAGGUAAAGGCGUCGUCGCCGCGGUCGUCCGCAAGCCCGGCUCGAAGUUAGCGAUAAAGCUGGCCAAGGACGCGCCACCGCCCUGGGCGCUCCCGAAAUUCGACGUGCGCUUCGCGACGGGGACCCAACAGUUGGAUCUCGCGCGGACGCCCUUCCGCCUCCUCGACGCUACGGAAGCCGAGGCGCUCUCGUCGGCGCGCGCGGACAGGCUUGAGCGCGAGCUAGUCGAGGCGCGACGCCAAGCUGAACAGCACGCCCGCCAGGCGGCGCGCGCCGAGGCGGCGCUCGCACGCGCGCGCAUUAAUGAAGACGACGCGCGCCUCUGCGCUGUGUGCUUGGACGCGCCCAAGGACGCCGCGUUGGUCCCGUGCGGUCACCGUACUUGUAGGUCCUGCGCAAAAACGCUCCGGCGGCGCAAGCUCCCGUGCCCGAGCUGCCGCCAGCCCAUCGACGGGACCAUAAAAGUGUACUAGUUUGUGUGGUUUAGUA